UCACAUUUUUAUUUUCAAUAGAUAUUAAUUAGGUUUUUUUUUUUUUUAAGAUUCUUACACCACAUCCGUUAACGGAAAACGCACUUCCACCGCGAAUACCACGUCGGCUGCUAGGGCGAAAAAAAUGCGUAUGGAACUAGUUAGAACCCCAGGUCUUGUUGAAAUUUCCUCGUCUGCGAAUCGAAAAAUCGUGUGGUAUUUUGCCAAAAAUAUUAACAAUGUUCAAAAUUACCCUGACUUUCUACACUCAUUAAAAUCCGAUUUGAUCGAUAUACUGAAAACUCAUGUUAAGAAAAACGCUAUCAAAUUUCAUUUAAAACUAGAAGCCACUUAUAAUAGACCACGUGUGGAAAAUUCCUCAGAAAAGCGCGCAUUCAAAACAUCUGCACUCGAGUUGUUUAAAGAGUCUAAUAUAUUAACUCUUGUCGAGAAAUCUUUUACAAAAUUAUUAACGGAAGAAGAGACUUAUACGGGUAGAGGAAAUGGAUUCACGUUAGAAGCUAUAGAUGGAUUAUUGUUAGGAGUCUAUAAAUACACGCCGAUGUCAGGCUCAUCUUAUAUAUCCUUACCAGAUAGUAUAGAUAGAAAAAAGGGUACAAUCAAUUUACAAAAUAGAGAUCAACAAUGCUUCAAGUGGGCUAUAUUAGUUAAGCAUGUGACGGAGCAUACGAGUCGUAUCGGUGAAAAUUAUUACAAACACGAAGGGAAAUAUAUUUUCGAUUGUAUCUCAUUUCCAACACCGUUAUCUGAUAUAAAAAUCUUUGAAAGAAAAAACCCAUUCAUCAAUAUUUUUGGAAUUGAAAAACAAUUCCAACCACCGAAAAAGUUCCCAACAUAUGAGGUUUUCCCACUUAGAGUUGUAGAUCAUGAAAAACGAGAUCUUUGA